AUGUCCAAUCCCAGCCAAGGAAAGAAAAAGGGAGGAUCGUCCACCCAGCGCCCCGCAAGGCCGCAAGUCGAUCUCAACCCAACCAAUCCAAUCCAAUCCGCCGCGCCGCCGUACGUCGUGAUGGGCACGUCAGCUUCGUCGUUGCUGCACCGGCGCCCCGUCCGCCGCCACGGCUACAAGUCGCUCCCUGAUCGCCACGACGAGGAGGAGAAGCAGGAGAAACAUGAGGAGUUCAUAUUCUUCGAGGAGGAGAGGCAAGGGCCGGCGGCUCUGGAGGCGCGCGGCGCCAUGCUGAGGGACAGAGCGCGCCGCCGGGAAGGCACCGUCUUCGACACCGGGAAGGACCUGAGGGAGUCUGCCCUCUGCUACCUCGUCGCCUUAAACUGGGGCAAAGCUGGACUGGCAUUCGCCGAGCAGGCCAUGUACGGCCUCGAGCUAGGCGACGGGCCGGGCGCGGCGACCGCGUUGCUCCGUUCCGCAAAAUGCUACGUGGAGAUGGAGCACAUAAGCCAGAACAAUGUCGCCUUCGUGGAGCGGGCCCUGGAGGAGGCAACGGCGCUGUUCGUCAAGGCGGGUGACUUGGAGCUAGCCGCCGUCAGCUGCCUGGAGCUGGCCGAGUUCUACAUGGACCGGCAGGACCUGGGGAGCGCGCUGGACUUGUACGAGCAGGCCGCCGAGUACUGCCGCCGCAUGGGCGGCGGGCACCUCGAAGGCUGGCGGCAGUGCACGUACAAGGCCAAGGUGGUCAGGAAUCUGCUGCACAACGAGGAUGCGCUCCGCCUCGAGGGGGUGCUGCCCGUCGAGGAUUACAAGAGGAAGUCCGCCGGGUACAUCCGGUUGUCCGACCCUGACUGGCGCCUCCGAGUGUCUGAGCUGUACCUUUCGACCACUCAUCCUGUAGUAGGACGUCCUGUUGUGUAGUUUGUUAAAUCAAACAUUGAAGAAGUUUUGUGUAAAUAUUUUUUUUUCUCACAUAG